AUGGACAUAACUACCGUCCUUUUUCAUCUUGCAUUGCUGCUAAGUCUUCCUACUGUUUCGAUAGCCCUCAUCAAACGUAGCAUCCAAACAGAUCAAUCAGCAUUGUUUGCCUUAAAAUCCCAACUGUUCGAUUCUUCGAAUUUACUGAGGAAAAAUUGGACUGCAAAUGUCUCAGUGUGCAACUGGUUUGGAGUGACAUGCUCCUCUCGCCACCAUAGAGUUGUCUCCUUGAAUCUCUCUUAUUUAGGCCUUCAAGGUAGCAUCCCACCAGAGAUAGGAAACCUCUCUUUUCUCAGUUCCAUUGACCUCAGUGGCAACAAUUUCCAUGGAAAUUUGCCCAUGGAAGAAGGAAUGGUACAUUUACGCAGGCUCAGAUAUAUUAGUCUUGCCAACAACAAUUUUGGUGGAGAGGUUCCUCCGUGGUUUGGCUCUCUGCCUAAUCUUCGAGUCCUGGAUUUAUCAAGUAACAGCUUCGUAGGUGGCAUUCCGAUUUCCCUAUUUAAUGCAUCAAAGUUGGAGUCCAUAAGCAUCAUGUUCAACCAAGUGCAAGGAAAUAUUCCCCGAGAAAUUGGAAAUCUUGGCAACUUGAAGAUCUUAAGAAUGGCAAAUAACCAGCUUACAGGGUUUAUACCACUUACACUUUUCAACAUCUCGUCCUUGCAAAUAGUUAAUUUGACAAAUAACACGCUAACUGGCGACCUUCCAGUGAACCUUUGCUCUGAGCUUUCAAAUCUUCUAGAGUUUUACCUAUCAUCUAACAAAUUAUCAGGUCAAAUUUUGUCACGGUUCGACAAUUGCUCGGAACUUCGAGUUCGAGAACUGUCAUUGAGCAGCAAUGUUUUAAGCGGAACGUUACCAAGAGAAAUUGGGAACUUAACCAUGCUUAAGGUUUUGAGUUUGGGACAGAACACCUUCGCAGGUGGAAUUCCAGCGGAGACUGGUAAGCUUCAGAAUUUGGAGCUGUUAGUUAUUGACGGAUGUGACCUUACUGGUAAGUUCUGA